CUCCUGCACUUCCAAUGUGAAGCAAUCUACAGUCAGAAACUUUGGUGUUUUAAUAGUCCAAGAUAUCAGUACCUCUUCAGUCACAACUGACAGCUGUGCAAGAGGACAUCCUUGAUCCUUCGAGCCAGGCUUCUGUUUUCCUUGACUCCUCUUUUUAGUCUCUGAGCAUUGCCCGUUACCCAAUUAUAAUGGCUGUUACAAAUCAUAAUUGUGUUUUGUGUUCAGAUGAGUGAAACAGAUGUAAAAGUGGGCUUAUGGUAAAAAGGAUUAUUUACAUUACUGAUACCGAAAUCAACAUAUUCUCUCUCAGCUGCAGAAGUCAGUCUUACAGUUGACCAGUGUGAAAAUACUAGCAGAAAUAGUGAUUUUUUUUUUUUUUUUUUAAGGCAGGCAGCACCAGUGGUUUUAUUACCAUUUUGUAUAACUAGGUUUAAGCAAGACAAUUGUAAACACUACAUUCUGUUUUAUAGUACAGACUUCAUGGACAUUUCCAGAUUCUCUUUGUAGCCUUAGUUUCUGAAUUCUGAAGUUUUUAUCAUGUGUAUUUAAAUAUAGUGUAAUUGAAACUUUAUUGUGAAGACUGGAAUGAAGCCAAGUGGAUAUUCCAUCUUCAGUAGUUUGCUUAAGAUGGCUGGAAUAAGAAUGACAUCUGUCUGUCUUGGUGUAUAUUCAUAGCAAAGAAUGAUCUGUUUCUGAGCCAAAUACGUUACAGGGUGGUUUUUUUUUUUUUUAAAUUUUUUUUUUUUAUAGACCUGAAAAUAAAGAUGUAAGACUGGAUGCCUAUCUGGUGCUUCACUCAUCAUACAUUAUCCCUAUUGCCCACUUUCUAUGUGUGAGCAAGAUGAAAAAUUCCACAUGCUGUGAAGUUAAAGUUGAAGAUGUGCAGCAUCUUGUGUAUUCUAGUCUCCGGAGUUCAUCUCUGCUUUUUCUCAAAUUUUGUCUGUUUUCCAGAUAACCAGAAUUUUGGUUUGGUUGCUAAAGGUUGCAAUCUGCCUUGCUCAUUUAACAAAUUAGUCUCCAAUGCCUGAAUUUCCAAUCAGGGGAAAAAAAUGCAUAUAUUUCUAAUAAAAAUUCAAGUAGUAGUUGUGACUUCAAGACGAUGUAUUCUUGGUUUCCUUCUAUUUUUAACCAAAAGGCAUUCAUUCAUUAGUACUCUAAAAUAUGCUUUAAGCAAGAAGCACUUGACUGUAUGCUUUGAUAUUAUUUCAGCUCUGUAGAAAAUCUUGUUUGGAAUUUUUGUAACCAGUUUUGGUGUUCCCAAAGCUUUACUAAUAUUUUCUUGCUGUGGUGUGAGAUGUAUGUAAAGCAUCCUCUUGUGGGUCCUUGCAGUUGUGAAAUAGGCACCUGCGCUGUUUCCUGCCAUCAUGUGUUUGGCUCUAGGCUCUCAGAAAGGAGCAAUCAUCUUUGCGUUAAAGUCGCAUUGCUUCUCUCUUGUUUUUCGGUUGUGUUUUUGAAUGCUGUGGUAUUACUCUGGUAAGACCAUCAGAAGCAAUUGUCCCCUAAUGCUUCCGUUCUUCUGUCUGUCUUCUGCUGGAACAUGGAUCUGAAAAAGUUGAGGUACUGACAAAACGUGAAGGAACCUCUGCCUUCCUAAUUGAAACUGCUGAAUAGAUGGGUAGAUACUGUUCGCUAGUCAUGACUAAUACCAAAAAUGUACUUGCAGCUCAGAAAAAAGAAAAUUAUAAAAGAGAAAAUAGUUUUCUUUGCAAACUAGAUUAAAAACUGGUUUCUUCAAAUCUGGCAAACAGCAUCGUAGGCUAGUGAAGCUGGAAAUGACCUUUUUCUCAAACUACCGGAGCUCUAAGGCCUCUCGCUCAAUUUGCAUCAAAAUGCUAUUUACUUCAGCAGAAUUUAAUCCUGGUUUAUUUUGGGUAAGCAAGGACAGAACAUAAAACCACAAUAUUUUCUUUUCCUUUUCUUGUAUUUCAAACAUCUGCUGUUAAAUAGCUAUUUCAUCUCUUGAGAUUCGUGUAGUUUCUUGAAUAUAGCACCUGCAUCAAACCAUCCGGAGUGUUCAUCUACAGUUCUGGUGAAUGAGAGUUCCUCUAAACAUGUUCUGUAAUAUUUAUGUGGUUUUGCAAGUAGGUAAGUCAGCAGAUAGCAGAUCCUAGCCUUAAUAGGAACGUACACACGUUAGGAAUCAUUUUCCUUAGAGUCCUCUUACAAAAGAGAUUUAUAGGAUAUUAGAUUAAAAAAACAGGGUUUGCAGCUCAGUGUAUUUAGCUUGUUGAAUAUUUUGCUGAAACAACCAGCAUUUCAUUGAAUUACUUUUUAAAUUGGGUCGGUCUGCUGUGGAAUUUAAACCCUAAUAAUUCAGUAAAUUUUUCAGUAUUAAAAAAAGCACUCUCACUUCUCAUAAUACACUUGCAGUCUUUCUAGAUCUUCUUUAGCCAAUUUAUAUCAUAGUAAAUAUAUUUAAUGUAUUUUAUGUAUGAAACAAAAAAGAUACAAAAGGAGAAAGAAUGUGAAUGGAUAAUGCAAGAGAUCUUCCUACAUCAUUCAAAAGCAGAUCUUUAGUAAUGAUGCUAGAUUCAUUAUUAAAAGAUUGUAAAAAAAAAAAAUUACUACCAGUUAAGUCUCCUGAAAUAGAUUUAUGGAGGCGUUUAACUUAACUUAGAAAUUCCCCAUCCUUCCAAAAUAGUUCCACUGGAAAUUGUACCUUUCAGUGCAGUUAGGUACUAGUGAUGCCUAAUGAAGUUUUCAAAAUGUUUCUGCAAAGUAGUCAGAAAUUACGGUUUUAUUUUAGACCAAGUGAUCCUUGCAACACUUAAAAUACUAUCUGUACCUAAAGUUACUUUCAAAUAAUGAAACAGUUUAAGUGACACAGAUGAAAAGUGUCCUUUAAAUGAUACAAAUUUAGUGUUUGAAACAGUCUUUAAAUAACUAGUAGCUCUGAAUAAAAUAGCUGAGGAACACAAAAGUGGCAUGUACCUUAUUUAAAACUAGCCAGUCAGUCAAUGUGAGCUGGCCAGGUGUAGUUGGAAGCCAAACUCCUGUCCCCAGAUAAGUCAGUAAUAAUGGUCUAAGGAAUGUGAUCUAAAAUACCAGCUUCUUUGGAAUAUCUUGAUGUUUCUGUGCUGAUCAUAUUUGUCAAAACUCAGAUAUCUCUUACUGCUAUGGAAGAUUGCAGUUGAUACAUUCCUUCUGUAAGGAUGAUGAUCAUAUUUGAAGGAAAGCAAGGAUAAUACAGACUUGCAAGAAAACUUUCUUUUCAAGUCUUUCAGGUCUUUUCAAACAAACAUUUACUGGAUUUGAGAGUUAUGGAUUUCUGCACCCCCCAUCAAUUUAAUUUUAACAAUCUGAAAAAAUCCUAUUGGUAGGAUUUGGGGGCAGAUUACAAAAAACAUAAUGAGGUUAUGAUAUUCUCUUGGACUAUUGCAAAAGGCAAAAAGGCAAAAAACCUGUUUCUCGGGAAGAUCGUACCAUGUCGUAAGGCUGGAGAUGGAUGUAAAGCUACCAAGAAAAUCACUUACCAGAUUUAUGGUAGGCUGUGGUAGAUGUGAUGAUUGGUUUCAUGGUGAUUGUGUUGGACUGAGUCUUUAUCAAGCGCAGCAGAUGGGUGAAGAAGAUAAAGAAUAUGUGUGUGUGAAAUGCUGUGCUGAAGAAGACAAAAAAAUGGAGUGUUUUGAUCAAAGUGUGCCAGAUUCUCAAGUGAAACUGGAAACUCAUAGAGAAGAAAAAGCACUUGAGUGUGAGAAACCGGGGAUGUCGAAGCAAACACCUACUUGUAACCUAAAUGUAACAGCUGAAAAAAACAAGCAAACAGAGGACACUGGAAAGCACAAAGUCAAAAUCUUCAGACGGGAAUCUGGUGAUGGGAAGAACUUGUCUGAGUCCAGAGACUCAGAUAAUAAAAAAGGGCAACAUGUUCCUGCUCGAAAAGGAUCACAAACUGCUGUAACUCCUCGGCGGUCCCCUGAAGAUAAAAAUGAAAAAAUAAGUAAAGAAUCCCUUAAUGUGGUUGAAAGGUCCACGAAAUCAGGUGUUCAUGAGAAACAAGAAAUUAAGAAAAAGAAAAAUGAGAAAGGAUCUAUUAGUGCAACACACCUGCCAGCUGUGCCAGCUUCCAAACCUUCUGCUGAUCAGAUAAGACAAAGUGUCAAGCAGUCUCUUAAGGAAAUUCUGAUGAAAAGAUUGACAGACUCCAGUUUAAAGAUUCCUGAGGAGAGAGCAGCAAAAGUUGCCACAAGGAUUGAGAGAGAGCUGUUUUCUUUUUUUCGGGACACUGACUCAAAGUAUAAGAACAAAUACAGAAGUUUAAUGUUCAAUCUGAAAGAUCCUAAAAAUAACAUAUUAUUUAAGAAAGUACUGAGAGGAGAGGUUACUCCAGACCAUCUAAUUAAAAUGAGCCCAGAAGAACUGGCUUCCAAAGAACUGGCUGCUUGGAGACAGAGAGAAAACAGACACACAAUUGAAAUGAUCGAGAAAGAACAGAGGGAAGUUGAAAGAAGACCUAUCACGAAAAUUACUCACAAAGGAGAAAUAGAAAUUGAAAGUGAAACACCAAUAAAAGAACAAGAGGAAGCUAUGGAAAUUCAGGAACCUAAUAUGAAGUUGUUUGAGAAGUCAGAAGAAGCUGAAAAAGAUAAAGAAGUAAAUGAAUCUGCAUCUCCAGACACCACAAGUCAACAUAAAAAUCAUCUCUUCGAUCUUAACUGCAAAAUCUGCAUAGGCCGAAUGGCACCACCUACUGAUGAUCUUUCUGCAAAAAAAGUGAAAGUGUCUGUUGGAGUUGCCCGGAAGCAGUCAGACAACGAAGCAGAGAGCAUUGCAGAUGCGCUUUCUUCAACGUCAAGUAUUUUAGCUUCAGAAUUACUGGAAGAUGAUAAGCAAGACCCAUCAAAAUCGUCAUUCACGCCUCUCCCAAAGUCAGAAACACCUGGUACUGUGGAAUGCGAAAGUCUUUUUCUGGCACGCCUGAAUUUCAUCUGGAAGGGUUUUAUCAAUAUGCCUUCAGUGGCAAAGUUUGUUAUUAAGGCUUAUCCAGUGUCUGGCUCUUUUGAGUAUUUAACGGAGGAUUUACCUGAUAGUAUUCAAGUAGGUGGCAGGAUAUCUCCUCACACUGUCUGGGAGUAUGUAGAAAAAAUCAAAGCUUCAGGGACCAAGGAAAUCUGUGUAGUUCGCUUUACCCCUGUAACUGAAGAGGAUCAGAUAUCCUACGCGUUGUUGUUUGCCUAUUUCAGCAGUAGAAAACGUUAUGGUGUAGCAGCCAAUAACAUGAAGCAAGUGAAAGAUUUGUACCUCAUCCCUUUAGGUUCCUCAGAUAAAGUCCCACAUCAUCUUGUGCCUUUUGAUGGGCCUGGGAUUGAAAUACAUCGACCAAAUUUAUUACUGGGAUUGAUAAUUCGCCAGAAAAUGAAGAGGCAGAUCACUGCUGUUUCAAGUGUUACUAGUAGUUUUGUGGAUGAAGCUUCUGAAAGUACUGUGAGUAACUUGCCGCCAGAGAAGAAAAGCAAGCCAAACAAACCUGAAGUCUCUCAUCAUGAGUUGGCACUAGAAGAAGAGGAGGAAAACGAUUUUUUUAAUUCCUUCACAACUGUGCUACACAAGCAGAGAAAUAAGCCUCAGCAGUCUAAUAUAGAAGAUGUUCCAGCAGUUAUUGAACCGUUGGUGGAAAGUACCAAACAUGAACCACCGAAGCCUCUCAGGUUUCUUCCUGGAGUCCUGGUUGGGUGGGAAAAUCAACCUUCUACUCUGGAGCUAGCAAAUAAACCAUUGCCAGUGGAUGAUAUUCUUCAAAGCCUGUUGGGUACGACAGGGCAGGUAUAUGAACACAGCAAGUCAGAAGUGAGUCCCAGUGAAGACAUACCAUUAUUAAAUGAACAAGCAACCUUGAAAGAAGAAAACAUGGAUGUUGCUGAGGUAACUACUGAAGUUAGUGAAACAAAGACUGGUUUGGAUGAUCUACGAGAAUCCACUAACACGACUGUAACUGUGGAUGCAGCAGCUCUAAGGACCUCAAGUUCUGCAAGAAGUGCUGGGUCUUUGAUAGGGCUGAGUCUUAAGGGAAAACCUCCAGAUGUCUCCACAGAAGCAUUUUUAGCAAACUUAUCUGCUCAGUCACAGAAUAAGGAAACUGAAGAAAGUAAAGAAAAUGACCCAAAGCGGCAGUUACCUGACAAGGAUAAUGUUGCACAGGAAGUUAGAAGGACCACAAAUUCCAGCUUUUCUUCUUCCUCAUCAAAUGCAGGGAAAAAACUCAACGAGAACAACGGUAAUGUAGGCUCUGCUGAAGGUACCACUGCCAAUACCUCUAAAUCGCCGCCAUUUAUUAACCUUAAGAGAGACCCACGACAGGCAGCGGGACGAAGCCAGCAGACUAAUGCUUCGGAAAACAAGGAAGGAGAUGUUAGCAAAAAUGAAGACCGACAGAAUGCUUCAGGAAGUGAUCAAACGGAACCAGAGAAUAAACAGUCUUCUGGAGAAAUGGGCUUAAACUUGUAUCAAAGUGAUGCGCAAACAAAUGAGGUGCAGUACAGCUCAACUGCAGCAAAAGCAGAUAGCAUGGGUGCAUCACAGGCGGAAGAUACCAAACACUCACAGGAAGAUGCACUGAUGCAAAACAUUGAAACGGUGAACUCAUUUAGAAGAGGACCAGCAGCAACUUCAUCUCAUUUUGAAACCGAAAACUCUUCUCGUUCUGAAUUUAUUUCCAAAGGCCCAAGCCCUAUUACAAGUGGCAGCUUCUCAUCUGUUAGACCUCCACAGCAGAAUUUUCAGCAUCCUAAACCUAAUCCACCCGGAUUUCAGUUUCAGGCUCCUGCACCUCAUAACUUCCCUCCACAAAGCAACCCUAUGUUUGGAUUUCCUCCUCACUUACCACCUCCACUUCUUCCUCCUCCAGGCUUUGGCUUUCCUCAAAAUCCAAUGAUGCCAUGGCCACCAGUAGCUCAUUUAUCAGGUCAGCCACCACACUAUGCCGGACCCAUUGCACAAGGGCUACCAGUGGCUCACAAACAAUCAAGAUUUUUGGGGCCAGAAAAUUUUUUUCAGAGUAAAGACAGUAGGAGACCGGAAAGACGCCACAGUGAUCCUUGGGGCAGACAAGAACAGCAUUUGGAGAGAGGGUUCAGUAGAGGAAAAAAUGAUCAACAUAGACAAAGAUUUUACAGUGAAUCCCAUCACCAAAAGAAAGACAGACAUGAAAAAGAGUGGAACAACGAAAAAUACUGGGAGCAAGAUUCGGAAAGAAAUAGACGCAGAGACAGAAAUCAGGAAAAAGAGAGAGAGAGGAAGAGUAGAGAGGAGGGACAGAGAGACAAAGAAAGAUUGCGAUCUCCACACGGUGAUAGGGCUGCAGAUGGAAAAAGCCCCAGAGAGACUAGAAAUCCAGAAAAAAAGACGGAGAAGCCUAAAAGCGAAGAACAGGCUCAUGAAAAAGAUAAGGAGAGGGAGAAAAGCAAAGAGAAGUAUAGAGAACGGGAAAGUGAAAAGAAUAGAGAGAGACAUAGGGACCACAGUGACAGAACUAAAAGCAAAAGGUAAAAAGAUGCAGGCAGUCUUUUAAAAACCUAUUUAAAUAAACUGUUAGAGUAAUGUCGUAAAACUUUGUAUAAAAAGAGAAAAAAAAAAAAGCCUGCUAGGAUUGUGCCAUCUUUUAUAUUCAGUGUUGGUGUUUUGCAGAAACAAGUCUGUGUUUUGGUACCACUCAAUGUACCAAUACUCAUCCUUUUUUUCAUUAUACCAACUAUCACUAGAAGUAGGAGUUUAAUAUUUUUAAAAAUUUUACAUUGCUGUAUAUUCAAAAUUUUAAAGAUUUCUUUUAUUAAUAUGCAAUAAAGGCAUAGAAAUUUUCUUAGCUGAUGAAGUUGGCUUUAGUCAAGUCUGCGAUAUAGUUGCUGCCUUUGGUAAUUUGUGCUCUCUUCUGUUUUAAGAUGCUCUGAUAAUUUUAAAGGUGAAUUUCGUACAAUAACCUUCUUUUUAAAUUGCACUGUUUUUAAAGACUAGCAAAGCCUCAGAAUCCACACACGUUACAACAAAAUACAAUAUGCUCGGUGGUGUGAAGAGUUUUGUUUUUUUAAAUUAUUCACUAGUACAAUAAAAUUAUUCAAGUGUAUUUCCUUAGUUUUUCAAGUAUUUCCUAAGCAUCUGAAGCAGUUUGUGACCAGAAAUUGGAAGGCUGAGCUGCUCGAAUGUUAUUGCUUUAAACUGCACUCGUUUUAAUAAGAAAGCAUUUUUAACCUAAAUUCUUGAAAAUAUGAUUUGUAGUAGUAAAUUCAUUUCUCCCACCAUUUUCCAUGCCUCAAAAACUUGAAUACCUAAGCUUGUACAUUACUUUGUGUUUUGCUAUCCUUUUUACUGUAAAAUGUAAAUAUUUUAAGGGAUAUUUUGAUUCUAAAAUGAUAAAACUUUCUCACAUA